UUUGUCUCGUAGCUGGCCUACCCUGAGUAAAAUUUCUCCCUGAUCUCAACGCGCCAAUCAUGCCGCUAGGAAUUCCAAAAUUCUUUACUCGAAAGAACUCGGGUCGACGGUCGAAGAAGCAACCGCCUGUCGUUGCAUCUCGAGUACUGAGUCCUGUGUCUGAGCACUCCGUCAUCUCUGUGCCAGCGAGCGACGCACCGCGACCUGUUCCACCACCUCAACAUUUUUCAGCACAUCCAAGUGAUUAUGGACAUCACGACGACUAUCAUGACGACCUUCAUGAACCACAUAGUCGACUGUAUGAAACCUUUACCAUGUCGGAGGACAGUCGGCCACCAGUACCCAUGGUUGUACGAGAGGACGACGAGGAUGCACAUCUUCAUCACGUUCCUGGUUCUUACGCUGAUGAGCCUCUUCACCACCAACGGCAUCUCGAUGAUUAUCCAGAUGUCCAUCAAACAGACUUGACGAACGAGUUGGGCUACACUAAUACCGACAGGUCUGGACAUGAUCGACCUAUUCUCAUAGCACCGUCCUCGGAACGAUCUGCUUCGACUCAGUCAGGCAGCCAGAAAGUCACUUUUCUCGGUGAUGCUCCGAGCAGACCUCGUGGAAUGCCAAUGUCACAUUCCAAGUCGCUCAGUGCGACUUCACGAAGUAUGGCUGGCGACCGACCAAGAGCUCCAUACGUGACUUCUUCUCACAGAUCAGAUUAUAAUCGACCUCGCCGACAGAUCCCAGAAUACUUGCCGAGUCUUCACAGAGCCCCACGACGCGAGGGUUAUUACCAACAGAAGCUUCCUUAUAUGAUCUUUGUAGAUCAAGGACACGGUCUUGAGGUUGGGAACGAUGAGGACGGGUUCAUGCCUUACCAGGAAUACCUCGCUACUGCCCACUUACGUCGAACAGAAGAGCAUACGUAUUAUAUCAUUCCUGGAAGUACGCCAGUCAUUUUUAACGACGAAAAUGGGCGGGAGCUGUACAGAGUGGAUGCACAGAAAUACAACACGUCCUAUUUAAGACGCAAUAGGUACAUAGUUGAGGAUGAGUACGGGAAUGAAUUAUGCAGAAUUGGACAUUUCGGCGAGAACUCUUCCGACACUUACUCUUCACGUUCCCGAUCGCCCAAGGUAGUCUACGUCAACGCAGAACGAGGAAGGCAAGCGCGGAAUAUCCUCCCCCUUUAAUCCCCUUUUUCCACUUCUAUUAACUUUGGGUUUUUCUUUUUCUUCUCUAUAUAUCUGUAUAAUUAUUUUUCAUCGUCCGUUCGUAGUACGCACCGUCACGAGUAUUACAAGAAUACUACUAGUACUACCGCUAGUUACGCUGCUACUUCUAGUAGAAGACGUCCUCGAGACGCUCGUCAAUACUACAA